CAGCGAUCGGCAGUUGGGUCUCGUGACUCUCCUGCCAGCAUGCGCGCGCUGUCUGUGUCCGCUCUGCUGCUCCUGGCUCUCAACUCCUGCCGGGGGACGCAGGACAACCUCCUGGACGAGGAUGUCAUCGAGCCCGUCGUCCAGGCUUCCAAAUACGGCUCUCUGUGGCCUCUGCCGCAGAAAGUGCAGAUCUCGGAGGUUCCGCUGAAGCUGAGCGGAGCCACUUUCGAAUUCACCGAUGCUAAGGGGUCGACCGCCGGUCCGAGCUGCAGCCUGCUGCAGAGCGCCUACAGGAGGUACUAUGAUUAUAUUUUUGGGGGCCCUAAAAAACAGAAGAUGAGCAGAAACAGACGAGCUGGCCCCUUGGAACUGACUGAGCUGCAAGUGUCGAUCACAUCACCUGACUCCCAAUGUGAUGGUUAUCCUUCUGUGACGUCAGACGAGUCAUAUGAGCUGUCUGUGGAUGUGCCGGUCGCUGUCCUGAAAGCCCCAACCGUCUGGGGAGCUCUGCAUGGACUGGAAACCUUCAGCCAGCUGGUGUAUGAGGAUGACUAUGGAGCUAAAACCAUCAAUUCCACGAAAGUGAGCGACUUCCCGAGGUUUGCUCACCGAGGCAUCUUGCUGGACAGCUCGCGCCAUUUUCUCCCCAUUAAAGUCCUCUUGGCUAAUCUGGAAACGAUGGCCAUGAACAAGUUCAAUGUUUUCCACUGGCACAUCGUUGACGACCAGUCCUUCCCGUAUCUGAGCCGGACGUUCCCACAGCUGAGUCAGCAGGGAGCUUACCACCCCUACAGCCACGUGUACACGCCUUCUGACGUGAAAAUGGUGAUCGAGUUUGCUCGCCUGAGGGGCAUCCGGGUCAUCCCGGAGUUCGACACCCCAGGACACACGCAGUCCUGGGGGAAAGGCCAGAUGGAUUUGCUCACCCCGUGUUUCUCCGGUGCCACGCCGUCCGGCUCUUUCGGACCGGUGAACCCCAUCCUGAACACCACAUACGACUUCAUGAGCCGCUUCUUCAAGGAAGUGAGCGACGUGUUUCCUGACGGCUACGUUCACCUGGGAGGGGACGAGGUGGACUUCACGUGCUGGAAGUCCAACCCGGACAUUAAGAAGUUCAUGGAUCGGCAAGGCUUCGGGCAGGACUACAGCAAACUGGAGUCCUUCUACAUCCAAAAACUUUUGGAUAUCGUCACCACAACUAAGAAGGGUUACAUCAUCUGGCAGGAGGUCUUUGACAAUGGUGUUAAGCUGAAGCCAGACACACUUAUCCACGUUUGGAAGGGAAACCAGGAACAAUACCAGAACGAGAUGGCAAAAAUUACCUCGGCAGGGUACCAGACCCUGCUGUCCUCUCCCUGGUACCUGAACCGUAUCUCCUACGGCCAGGACUGGCAGAGCACUUACAAGGCCGACCCACAGGAUUUUAAGGGAACUGAAGAACAAAAGAAGCUUGUGAUUGGUGGAGAGGCCUGCCUGUGGGGGGAGUAUGUGGACGCGACCAACCUGACGCCCCGACUCUGGCCUCGAGCCAGCGCUGUGGCAGAGCGACUGUGGAGCGCCAAAGACGUCACGGACAUCAACGACGCGUACAACAGACUGUCGGCGCACCGUUGCCGCAUGGUGGAGCGAGGGAUCCCAGCUGAGCCGCUGUUUUCCAGCUUCUGUCGGCACGAGUACAAAGGCAUAUGAGCGCCUGAGGCUGACUGGGGAACAAAAGGGAAUCAAACCUGCAUGGAUCAACUGCAAGUCUGGGCUUUUUUUUUUUUUUAAGGAAAUAGUGUUUUUUUUAAGAAGAAUUUAAUUAAAAAAAAUCAAAUGCUGCCUUUUCCCAGCAGUGCUGAGAAACAAUUUUAUUGAUUGUGGCGGCGCUAUUUUACUCCUCUGAAUGUCUGAUGGUCAAACAGGAGCUCUUCUGCCGUCACUGAACCCCAACUGUUAAAUAAUUGGAUCCAAAUUGAUUUUACAUUAUUUACAAUUCUGUGAAUGUUUUUCACAAUAAAUCUUCAUCCUCUGUGACGAUCCGAGUGUGAUGGUUCCUGCGAGUCCUCUGUCCGGGUCACAGCAGACCAGCCGCCCGUCUGAGCAGAUUAUUCUGGUCCUGAGAGCUCAUGGCCUCGUAGGCGGCCAGCUCCAGGGAGAAGGUGGCGUUUCCGGACGUCAGGGUUCGCAGAGCGGUGGAAUAGCCCUGCGAUGAGAGAACAGGCCGGCCGUGAGGGUCACUGAAACCAAAGGGGGAUCCUGAUGGACUCACCAUCAUCUCUGCCAGCGGGGCACUCGCCAGCAGCACCUUGCUGUCAUGACGACUCUGAAUGUCUCUGACCACCCCCCGUCGCUGAGCCACGUCUCCCAGCACGGCGCUGAGGUGCUCCUCUCCCACGGUCACCUCCAGGGACAUGACGGGCUCCAGAACCUGCCCUCCUGCCAGCCUCAGCGCCUGCAAUCAAAGCCACAGCUGCAGCUUUUCAGCAUUCCCGCAGCCGGACGCUGCACACGUGUUCCAGCUUCACCUUCAGCAUGCAGCGGGACACGCAGGCCGACACCAUGGUGGGGGACGUUCCUGCCGCCGUGGUAACGCUCUGGAUCAGAGCAGAGAUGCCCUGCACAGGACAACCCAACACUGGACCUGAUGGAGGAGGAGGAGGAGGAGGUUUGCUCACCCGAAAUUCAGCUCCUCAGGUCACAUGGACAUUUGUCUUAUAAGCACCAAAAAGGUAAAACAUCCGAGAAUCAAAUGCUUGAAAACACUUAAAUAGUUAAAAUUGUAAAAAACAUUUUGUUUGAUCAAUAAAAG